GCCCGCCAUGGCGUCAGGCGCCGCAGCACCGGGGAGGUGGUUCCCACUUUAAAGAAGUGAAGUUUUUCGCCCCCUCCCCCUCCCCGCCCGCCUCCUGCAGCCUCCCGCGCCCCGCGGAGCCGGCGGAUGGAGCUACGCUGCGGCGGCGUAGGGAGCCAGGCUGGGGGGCGCAGGAUGGAUGGGGACAGCCGAGAUGGCGGCGGCGGCUGCAAGGACGCCGGGUCGGAGGACUACGAGAACCUGCCGACCAGCGCCUCCUUAUCCACCCACAUGACAGCCGGAGCGAUGGCCGGGAUCCUGGAGCACUCGGUCAUGUACCCGGUAGACUCAGUGAAGACACGAAUGCAGAGUUUGAAUCCAGAUCCCAAAGCCCAUUACACAAGUGUCUACGAAGCCCUCAAGAAAAUCAUACGGACUGAAGGCUUCUGGAGGCCCUUGCGAGGCCUCAACGUGAUGAUGAUGGGUGCGGGGCCCGCCCACGCCAUGUAUUUUGCCUGCUACGAAAACAUGAAAAGGACUUUAAAUGCCGUUUUCCACCAUCAAGGGAACAGCCACCUAGCCAACGGGAUAGCUGGGAGUAUGGCCACCCUGCUCCACGAUGCGGUAAUGAAUCCAGCAGAAGUCGUGAAGCAGCGUUUGCAGAUGUACAACUCGCCGCACCGGUCGGCCCUCAGCUGCAUCCGGACAGUCUGGGGGACGGAGGGCGUGGGGGCCUUCUACCGGAGUUACACCACGCAGCUGACCAUGAACAUUCCCUUCCAGUCCAUCCACUUCAUCACCUACGAGUUCCUGCAGGAGCAGAUCAACCCUUACCGGGACUACAACCCCCAGUCCCACAUCAUCUCAGGCGGGCUGGCCGGGGCCCUCGCCGCCGCCGCCACCACCCCGCUGGACGUCUGCAAGACCCUCCUCAACACUCAGGAGAACAUGGCCCUCAACCUGGCCAACAUCAGCGGCCGGCUGUCGGGCAUGGCCAACGCCUUCCGGACGGUCUACCAGCUCAACGGCCUGCCCGGCUACUUCAAGGGCGUGCAGGCGCGUGUCAUCUACCAGAUGCCCUCCACGGCCAUCUCCUGGUCCGUCUACGAGUUCUUCAAGUACUUCCUCACCAAGCACAAGCUGGAGAACCGAACUCUAUACUAAAGGAACGGGGCCGCGGCAAGUGAUUCCAGAAUCUUCUGUUGGGCAAAGGCUCCCCCUGCCUGCUUCCAUUCCCGUGCCCUCACACCAGGAUUUCUUUCGGCAGGGUGUUGGCAGGGUGGGGCUUCCGCUCCCUGAUGCCUUAGAGAGAGGAGGGGAUGGGACAGCCGCUGACCCGCCGGCCGUCCGCAGGGACAUCCCAGCUGGCGGAAGGAGGGGAAAGACUUGGGAAGCGGAGGGAGAAGUUGCUUUUUCUCUCUCGCCCCCGAGAGUGAUGCAGCUUUUCUGCUUCACUGUAGCAUCUCCUCCCCUAAAAUCAUAGAUCACACAGGAGGGAAGAAAAUGUGCAGUGACUGAAAACAUUAAAGAGGAAAACAAAAAUGAUGUAUAUAGAAGUUCCAGUAUACAGUAUCAAAUAGAUGGAUAAUGUUUAUCCUUUA